AUGAAGCAGAGAAAAGUACCUUUAUUGAUUGACAUGCGGCCUUUGGAGCAAUUUGAACGCGCGCACAUUACAAACUCUAUCAACAUUAAUGUGCCAACAUUAUUGAUUAAGCGGUAUCGAAGAGGUGUCAUACCCAACAACUUCAAUCUAGAGAGCUUUAUUACAACACCAGAAGGAACAGAUCAAUAUAGAAUUUGGUUAGAGCAAUUUAAAGAAGCUGCUGACGACGACGAAAUUCGAGUGAUCAUUUAUGAUGAUCAUACUACUUCAAAAGAUAAAUCAACGGGCACUUGGACGCUAGCGGGCGUUAUUUACAAGAUCAUUCACUCUACAACAGCCAACACUGCUACUGAAGUAAUAGAAGUGAUACAUGGUUUGCAAGGCGGUUUUCAUGGAUUUGUAGAAUGGGAUACGGAGGGCAAUUACAACAAAGCCCCAGAUGCGACGAAUGUACAUAGAAGAGCUAGUCUGUUUAGUUUAGACACAAAUAUUCGACCAACAAUGACACCAAAAACAGAGCAUGAGUAUGACUUUGUGAUUUCAGAAAUUAUACCGAAAUUUUUAUAUCUUGGUCCCGAGAUUUUGACGGAAGAACAAGUAAUGGAUCUGAAGCAUCGAUCAAUCAAACGUGUCUUGAAUAUGGCAGAGGAGUGCGAUGAUGAUGUGUCUGGAUUAAAAGAAACAUUUGCUUAUCAAAAGAUUGCAGCAAGAGAUACCGUAGAGAUGCAAAAUGUUCAAGGUACCCUAAGGAAAGCCGUCCGUGCCAUUGAUGAUUCCAAGAAACAUCACGAACCUAUUUAUGUUCAUUGUAAAGCGGGGAAAUCACGAUCUGCAGCUGCUAUUUUGGCCUACCUAGUUCUUUCUGAACAUUGGACACUCAAAAAGGCCUACCAACAUAUCGUGAAAGCACGACCGAAUAUCUCGCCCAAUAUCGGGUUUGUGGCUGAGCUUAUGAAGAUGGAAGAAGGCGUGCAUGGUCAAGUCAGUAAUUUUGCCUCAACUGAUUGGCAGCUGAUGCUUACCAACCCUCCCAGUCCAGAUACGCAAAAGGAAAUGGGUAGAUUGGAGAGAGUUUGGAAGAGAGGGCGGUCUUCAAGUAACGUUACAAGGAACACAAGUUUGAACAGUGAUACGAGUAGUCAUCGGAACAGUCUGGACAGUAGUCGUAGUAGUAUUGGGAGUAAGACUUGUAGUAUAUCAUGGAAUGAAGAUGAUGAACUGUAA